GACGCAUCAACAUGGGUCCUGCCGGGCGGGAUCGCCGAAUGCGAGCAGGCCAAGCUCUUCUCCGCCGAACCAAGCGCAGAACUCCAGGUGCAAGAGCGGAAGAAAGCUCCAGAAGCAGGUGGAUGCAAAUGCCGCAACCUGGAAAAGUCAGUCUGGAGACUUGAAGAGACUGAAAAGAAGGUUCUUUGGCGCUGUCGUGGAUGCCGAAAGACAAUGAGCGUCUUUGCAAGAGAUCAGGACUUCUUUGAUGCAAAGCUGUCCAUCCGAGCAAUGACUGGAAUUCUUUGGAUUUUUUGCUCCAAUCUACACUUGUCACCUGACAAAUCCAGCCUAUUGCUGGAAGUUGGCCAUCGUGUCAUCCGUUUGCUCUUCCAAAAGUUUGCUGAAUUCUACGUUCCUCUGAUUGACAGACUGAAUGGAUCUCUUACUGUUGGAGGUUUGGGACAGGAUGUCGAACUGGAUGAGAUCAGCUUCCGCUCUGUGGGACGUGCUCACGGCAUCGUUUGGCUUCGUUACUUGGCAGUGGUUCGACGUGGGUCUGCCUUGGUGUGGAUUGAGCCAUUGCCUUACCGCAUUUCUUCUGCUGGACAGGGCGGUGGAGGGCCAAUUUCCUUGCAGGAGAUGCGAGAAGUUUGCUUUUAG